AUGGAGUAUUAUCCCCAGGGCUCCCUGCACGACCUGCUGCGGCGCGCGCGCGGCGCGGUGGAGGCGUCCGGCGGCGGCGGCGGCGGCGGCGGCAGCGUGCGCGGCGGGAGCGGGAGCGGGGGGCGGCUUGAGGCGCUGGCGCGGCAGCAGCUGGGCUGGGGCGCGCGGCUGCAGAUGCUCUACGAGGCUGCGGCGGGGAUGAGUUACCUCCACUCCCGCGGGUUCGUCCACGGGGACCUGCGGUCGCCGAACCUCUUUGUGGCUAGCGACGGGCGCCUCAAGAUCGGCGACUUUGGCUUCUGCCAGCUGCUGCCGCCAGAGGUGCAGAAGAUCAAGGUGGCGAGCUGCACCAACCCGCGCUGGGUGGCGCCCGAGGUCCUGCAGACCCUCGAGUUGGGCAAGGCCAGUGAUGUUUACAGCUUCGCCAUGGUCAUGUACGAGAUGCUGACGUGGCGCAUCCCCUUCCACGAGGUGUCCUGCAGCACCCGCCUGCUGCUCAACGGCAUGCCCCUCAGCAGCAGCGCCGGCCCCGCCGGCCCCGCGGAGCCGCUGGCGAUGCGGCCGACGCUGCCGCCGGAUGCUGACCUGCCGGGGGCGCCGGGGGGGCGGGCGCUGGAGCUCUACAGGGCCCUCAUGGAGGCGCCAGAGCCCUUCCCCGCCAGCGUGAUAGGCGACAGUUCAGGCCUGCGGGCCGAGAGCGGCGCCUCACGAGGCUCAAGCGGCUGCUGCAGCGGCGACGGUGCCGCUGUGGAGCUUCCCUCAUGCCAGAUCAUCCCCGCCCACGAGCUGGAUCUGACCAGAUCUGGCGCCCAAGGGCCGACGCCCGACGUGUUCCUUGGGAGCUGGAAUGGCGUGGAGGUUGCGGCCAAGGCGUUUCGCAGUGGCCGAGGUUGCGGCGGCGGAGACGGCGGCGGCGGAGGCGCCACGAUUAACGGCCACGCGGUGCCGGCUGCGAUGGCCAGGGAGGUCAUGGCCAUGGCCGCGGUCGCCAACCACCCCAACAUCGUCCGCUUCGUCGGCGCGUGCCUGGCGCCACCCCUCGUCCUGCGGGAGCACUACCCGCGCGGCUCGCUGCACCAGCUGCUAUCACGGGGCCGCGCGCAGCUGGCCGCGGCGCCGGGCGGCCAGGGCGCGUGCUCGCGCCACCUCGGCUGGGGCCGGCGGUUGGAGAUGCUGGUGGACGCAGCAAUGGGCAUGAGGUGA